AUGAUUUCAAAAUAUAAUUUUAUGUAUAAAUAAAUUGAUUAUCUUUAAGGAUGGGAUAUAGAAUAAUCUGUAGAUUCUGAUGAAGAUUAAAAAAAAUAACAUACUUAAGUAACAAACAUAACAAAAACUUAACCAUCUGACAGAUUGUGUUUUAAAAAGUUAUUCUUAAAAAGUCCUUAACUUUCACCUAUUAAAGUAAAUCCUCCAAAACAUUAAACAACUCCAUUAAGAGAAUCUAUAAAAUAGAAAUUUAGUUUUGUGAAUCAAUUAAUCAAUAAGAAAUAAGAGAUAGAAAAGGUAGAUGAUUUUGAGAAUGAAUAAUCUUAUAAAGCAAUUAAUAUAAAUGGAAAAAUGUAAUAACCAAUAAAUGUUGCUCAUUUAAGAAUAAAAUUGAAUGCAAUUCCUAAAUAAUCAUAACACACAAAAGCAUAUACUUAGAAUUAAUUGUAGGCAAUAAUGUAAUUGAAACGCAAGAAUUUAUAUUUGAAAUCAGUACUCAAAAAGGUAUUGUUUUUUAAAUUAUUAAAAGGUUUGUCAUGAAAGUGAUGAAAGAUAUUCAAAUCAUUAAAAAGCAAAUUAAUAGGAUAUAUUUUUAGGUUACAGAUAUUUAGAUGAAGAUAUCCAUAAAUUACAUAGUCCGAGUAAUAGUAUAAAUAUAUAGUAAAAUAUAUAUUAAAAUAUUGUAGAUCAUAAAAAUCUCGAAAGAAUAGUGAUAGAAGAGCUAUUAAGGAAAAGUAUAAAUUUUGAUAAACUUUCUUUUUCUUUUUAAUAUUUGAUUAAAGAAAUAAAAUAUAAAUAAAUUUAUUUGAAAUGGUAAAGAAGGAGAAGGGAAAAGCAAAUUCAUUAGGAGAAAUAAGCAGAGAUUAUACAAUAAAUUUACAUAAGGGUAUUCAUAAAGAAACAUUUAAGAGAAAAGCUCCAAGAGCAGUGUCAUAUAUAGUAGAUUUUGGUUUGAAAAUGAGUUGAUUUGUGA